AUGAAGCUUGUCUACUUCAGCAAUGAGUUUCCCAGGGACGACUUGCAAGACCUGUUCCGCAGUCUGCACAAUCACAGCAAGGACAAACAUCACUCACUCUUGGCCCAAUUCAUAUACGAAGCCACUUGGGCCAUCAAGGAUGAAGUUCGGAAUCUACCAACAGAGCUUAAGAAGCUCAUUCCGCCAUUUGAUACACUCUUCAGCUGGGCAGAAAACACAGAGCUUCGGGAAGGACUGAUCUGCGGCGCCGUGGAUGGGGUGCUGCUUAUUGUCGUACAACUAGCCACUUAUAUUGGAUAUGCAGAGAACAGCCUCGAAGGGCCGAUUGAUUUUGCAAACACGAGCCUUGCUGGUCUUGGUAUUGGCCUUUUGGCAUCGACUGCGGUUUCAUUGUCCUCGACGUUGGCCGACUUACCACUCGCAGGCGCAGAUGCUGUACGGCUGGCAUUCCGCCUAGGAAUCCAUGUCAUAAGCGUGUCGGAAAAUUUGGAAGCCCGCAAUUUGGCAGAGAGCCCCGAUACGUGGGCAUAUGUCGUUCACAAUGUUGAACCAGUUGCCGCUCGAAAGGAACUCGAAACAGUACACCUUCGAGAGGAGACUCCUGAGACUAGCAAGGUCUUUGUAAGCGCUGUUAGCCGGACUUCUGUCACGGUAAGCGGACCACCAGCUAGGUUAAAGGCACUAUUCACCAAGUCAGACUUUUUCCGCGAGUCCACAUUUAUUCCACUUCCAGUAUAUGGCGGCCUUUGUCAUGCACCACAUAUCUACGACGUACAGGAUACAAAGAGUAUUGUCGAUCAAAGUUUAUUGCUCACAGUCUCUACAAAGAUGUGGCCGGUGACACCAGUUUACUCUACCAGCACCGGUGCACCAUACCCGACCAAGAACGCUACAGAAAUCUUCGAAAGUGUAGUGUCGGAGCUUCUUACUCAAGAAAUCCAUUGGGACCGUGUCAUAUCCGGCAUUGUCGAGAGAGUGGAGGCCACUGUUACCGCAGAAGUAGCUCUGUACAGCUUUGGCAACUCCAUUCCUCUCAACGAUCUAGUUUCAGCCUUGAAGGAUAGCAUUACUCACCCAAACAUCUCAACCAACAAUCUGACAGCAUUUGCCACCCAAGUUGCACCAAGAGAUACUACUCCGCGCAGCACUGCGCAGUCUAAGCUCGCCAUUGUUGGCAUGUCUUGCAGACUUCCUGGAGGUGCGACUAACACCGAGAAGUUCUGGGAGAUCCUUGAAAAGGGGUUGGACGUCUCUCGGCAAAUUCCGGCUGAUCGCUUUGACAUUGAGACACACUAUGACCCAACAGGCAAAGAACUCAAUAAGACUAUGACACAGUACGGUUGUUUCAUUGAUGAGCCCGGCUUGUUUGAUGCGCCCUUCUUCAACAUGUCUCCGCGUGAAUCUCAAGUCACCGAUCCGCAGAUGCGUUUGGCUCUUGUCACAGCAUACGAGGCCCUUGAACGUGCUGGUUAUAUUGGUAAUCGUACUGCUGCCACACAACUGCAGCGUAUUGGUACCUUCUAUGGCCAAGCAGCUGACGAUUACCGUGAAGUCAAUCAAGGACAAGAGGUUAGCACAUACUAUAUCCCAGGUGGUUGCCGAGCCUUUGGUCCUGGACGCAUAAACUACUUCUUCAAGUUUGCUGGUCCCAGUUACAGUAUUGAUACUGCAUGCUCUUCAGGUCUUGCAGCGAUUGAGGUCGCCUGCCAGGCCCUUUGGAAUGGCGAGGUCGAUACCGCUGUAACAGGCGGUGUCAAUGUAUUGACUAAUCCGGACGGCUUCUCUGGACUGUGCAACGGUCAUUUCCUCACUAAAGGACACAAUGCGUGUAAGACGUGGGAUGCCACUGCUGAUGGAUACUGCCGUGCGGAUGGCAUUGGAUCUCUUGUUAUAAAGAGACUUGAAGACGCUGAAGCAGAUAAUGAUAAUAUCUUGGGCGUUAUUCUCGGUGCUGGUACAAACCAUUCUGCGGAAGCAGUUUCCAUUACUCAUCCCCAUGCUGGCCAUCAAGCCUAUCUUUCUCGUCAGGUGCUUCGACAGUCUGGCAUAGACCCCUUGGAUGUUUCUUACGUCGAACUCCACGGAACUGGUACUCAGGCCGGCGACUAUGAAGAGAUGCAGGGUAUCAUGGACGUAUAUGCUCCCCUGAUCAGGCGUCGUAACAAGGAUCAGCCCUUACAUAUCGGCGCUGUAAAGGCAAAUGUCGGCCAUGGAGAGUCUGUUGCGGGGACAACAGCACUGCUUAAGGUGCUUUUAAUGCUCCAAAAGAAUGCUAUUCCACCACACGUCGGCAUUAAGACGGAGAUCAAUCCCAAGUUCCCCAAAGACUUUGAUAAACGCAAUCUCCAUAUCCCAAUGAAAAUGACACCUUGGCCGCGGGUACCUGGAAAGAAACGCAUUGUAGCAGUCAACAAUUUUGGCGCCGCUGGUGGGAACACAACGAUGGUACUAGAAGAAGCGCCGGUUCGCCAAAUCACAGAGACGGACCCUCGAACGACUCACAUCAUCACAGUCUCCGCCAAGGUCAAGGCAUCCUUGAUAGGAAAUAUUGAGCGCUUAAUAGCUCACCUAGACAUCCAUCCGGACAUCAAUUUGGCCGAUCUUUCAUACACAACAACGGCUCGCCGCUAUCAUCAUACACAUCGCAUAGCCAUUGCCACCUCCGACGUGGCCCAUCUGAAGAAGCAGCUCAGUUCUCACCUCGAGAAGGUGGAUUUGAUCAAGCCCAUUGGAAAGUCUGGGCCUCCAUCAGUCACAUUCAGCUUUACCGGUCAAGGCGCCUCUCACAAGUCAAUGAAUUUAGAGUUGUAUCGCGAUGUGCCUAGCUUCCGUAAUAUUAUCAAACAUCUUGACUCUCUUGCUCAAGGCCAAGGCUUUCCCUCCUUUAUUCCUGCUCUUGAUGGAUCAUUUCCCAAGGAGCAUGCUCACUCCGCCGUCAUAACCCAGCUUGCCCUGGUCUGUACAGAGAUUGCUCUUGCAAAAUACUGGGCUACUCUCGGAGUUAGACCAGAUGUCGUCAUAGGCCAUAGCCUAGGCGAGUAUGCUGCGAUGCACAUAGCGGGUGUUGUCACGGCCAGUGACACUAUAUUCAUGGUUGGACGCCGGGCUCAGAUGUUGGAGGAGAAGUGUAAAAUUGGAAGCCAUAACAUGAUGGCUGUUCGGGCUUCGGUUGCACAGAUAUUUGAGAGCUCAGAGGGAAAGCCAUUUAUGAUUGCUUGCAUAAACAGCCCUUCUGACACGGUACUCAGCGGUACAAAAGAACAGAUGGAUGACGUGGCAGCCUCACUUGAGAAGGCUGGCUACCGCUGUAUCAAGUUGGAUGUCGCCUUUGCUUUCCACUCAGAUCAAAUGGACCCUAUCUUGGACGACUUCGAAGCAAUUACGACAACGGGUGUUGUCUUCCAAGAGCCAAAAGUGCCAGUUAUUUCACCCCUGCUUGGCAAGGUAGUUUUCGAUGGAAAGACGCUUAAUGCAAACUACGUCCGCCGCGCCACAAGACAGACUGUCGACUUUCUCGCUGCUCUGCAACAGGCCCAGAAGAUUCACACUAUCAGUGACGAAACUGUAUGGGUUGAAAUUGGGCCGCAUCCUGUUUGUACUAACUUUAUCAAAACCACCAUUCCGUCCACACAGCUCGCUGUACCGUCCAUCCGCCGUGGUGACGAUAACUGGAAGACCAUUUCUGAAAGUAUGGCUACUUUGCACCUUGGCGGUGUUGAGGUUAGCUGGAAUGAGUUUCAUAGCCCAUUUGAACGUAGGCUGCGCCUAUUAGACUUGCCAACAUAUGCGUGGAAUGAAAAGAAUCACUGGCUGCAAUAUACUGGAGACUGGUGUUUGACGAAAGGCAAUACCUUUUAUACGAAGGAAGCCAAUACAACACCAAAAGCACUGCCAGCUAGCGAGAUACAAACCACGACGGUCCAGCAGAUUAUUGAAGAGUCUUUUAAUGGCUCUGCCGGCAAGGUAGUCAUGCAGUCUGAUCUUAUGCAGGCAGAUCUACUGGCCGCCGCCCAUGGGCAUAGUAUGAACAACUGUGGUGUUGUUACAUCGUCCAUCCACGCCGAUAUUGCAUAUACACUUGGCAAUUAUCUGUACCGCAAGCUUAUUCCAACGGCUCAAGAGGUCUACAUUAGUAUUUCUAAUCUCGCCGUUACAAAAGGUCUUAUUGCCCAAACCAACAAGAAGGUGCCCCAGCUCUUCCGUGUGACUGCUAUCACCGCCGAUGUUGGCUCAGGUGUAGUCGACUUGACCUGGCAGAACGUGGACACCGAUGGCAAUGUUGACGAUCCAUUCGCUACGGCCAAUAUUCACUUUGGAGAUGUAUCUGAUUGGCUCUCUUCUUGGGCUCCAAUUGCUCAUCUCGUCCAGAGCAGGAUUGAAACGCUUGAGCAACUGGCGGCGCAGGGCCAAGCAAGUCGUUUUACGCGCAACAUGGCAUACACACUCUUCGGCAGCAAGCUGGUGACCUAUGCCGACAAAUAUCGCGGGAUGCAGUCUGUAAUUAUGCAGGGAUUAGAAGGAUUCGCUGAUGUGCAGCUAACCACCAAGGAAAGUGGCGUCUGGACCGUUCCUCCUUACUUUAUUGAUAGCGUAGCACACUUGGCCGGGUUCAUCAUGAACUGCUCUGACGCUAUAGACACGCAACAAAACUACUGUGUUACUCCAGGUUGGAACGCGAUGCGAUUUGCAAAGCCUCUGGUCCCGGGGGCUAAGUAUCGUUCAUAUGUCAAGAUGAUUCCGACAGUUGAGGAUCCGACGAUCUACUUUGGCGAUGUGUACAUCAUGCAAGACAAUGUUAUCAUCGGUGUUGUCAAUGGCAUUCAGUUCCGUCGUUACCCUCGCAUUCUGCUCAGCCGUUUCUUCUCACCACCGGAUAAGAUGGCUGCUAUUGAGGGCAAGCCAAAAUCCACUGCUUCUCAAGUUACAGCAGCAGCUCCAAAGAUUGCCACACCAGCGCCGAAACCUGUACUCUUUCGACAUGACCCUCACCACGGAAGCGAUUAUGAAACGGUUAUCCCUCCCAUCGCGGCCCCAGCUCCAUCAAAGGAGGUCGGAGCCGUAGCUGAGGCUCCAUCCGUGGAAGCUGCUGCGGAGUCUGGGAGUAUCGCUGCCAAAGCAAUCCUGCUCAUUGCUAGCGAGGCGGGUCUGGACCUCGCUGAAAUGACGGAUGAUGCCAGCUUCGGCGACUUGGGUGUUGACAGUCUCAUGUCGUUGGUAAUAGCGGAAAAGUUCAGGACUGAGCUAGAUAUCAAGGUCAGUGGCAGUCUGUUCUUAGACUAUGAGACGAUUGGAGAUCUGCGGAAAUGGUUGGAUGAGUAUUACAGCUAG